UUGACUAGGCAUGAUUAGUCGAGAAAACCUUUGUACACACAGAAACUUUCACAAUCACGGUGGCUGAUGAAGUAUUAUCAUUCUUCCUUUAAGACCCCAUUGUGAACUUUGAAGUCAACCAAAUAGUUCGUUGUGUCAGUCAAAUACUUUUGUGACGUUCAAAAUGACCCUACAAGGAUGGAGAGCAAAGAUAGUAGUUUCUAUCAUCAAAUUUCUGGUCCUUAUUUAUGACAUAAUAUCAUUUCCUAUUUAUUUCAUCAUCGAUAAACCAUGGAAUAGAUGGAAAUUGCAGAAAAUCGUUUGGUCAAAACUGGAAGAUGAGCAGGAUCCUUAUAGUUGUUAUGUCCGGCAAGUUCGAGGGAAGAUGCCUGCAGAAGACGGAAUGCAAACAAUGGAUCAGUUAUUUAGAAGUGCGGUUGAAAAGUACGGAGAAAGAGAAUGCUAUGGUGUUCGGGAACUUCUGGGAGAAGAAAUGGAAGAAGCGAAAUCUGGAAAGAAAUUUAAAAAGAUGAAUCUCGGAGAAUAUAAGUGGCUAACAUAUAAUGAAGUUGAUAAAAUGGUAGACAGAGUAAGCCAAGGACUUUGGCACGCCGGUGUCAGAUCUAAGAAGCCUGUGAUUCUGUUAGCUGAAACUAGAUUAGAAUGGAUUGUAACUGCCCAAGCUUGCUUCAGGAUAAAUGUACCAGUCGUCACACUCUACACUACCCUGGGGUCAGAUGGAAUUGUGCAUGGCAUCACAGAAACGGAAGUAACUCAUAUAAUCACUUCACCAGAGCAAAUGCCUGAGCUAAAGAAAAUGUUACCUCGAGUCCCAACUAUCACUCACUUGAUUUACAUGGGAGAAAAAAGACCAGAUUUAGAAGAUGGCAUCCCGAGCUCAGUGAAAGCGCUUUCUUUCAGCGAAAUGGAAUCCAGCCUCAAAGAUUCCUCAGACGUAAGUUUCACUCCACCCAAGCCAGAAGAUUUAGCUAUUCUUAUGUAUACCAGUGGUUCAACAGGUAUUCCGAAAGGAGUGAUGAUUACGCAUAAAAAUGUCAUUACUACAGUGAAAGGAUUUGAUGAAAUUUUGAGUAAUUCAUCUUUCCAACUGCAUGAAAAAGACACAUACAUCGCUUAUUUACCAGCUGCGCACAUCUUAGAAAUGGCAACAGAAUGCCUUUUGUCUUAUCUUGGAAUCCGAGUUGGAUUUUCAUCACCUCAAACCUUGACAGAUUUUAGUACCGCAAUAAAAAGAGGGGAGAAGGGAGAUUUGAAACAACUAAAGCCAACGUUGAUGGUUGCAGUACCGCUGAUGUUGGAUCGUAUAAGAAAAAGUAUUCUUCAGCUAGCUGGAAAGGAAGGAACAUUCACUCGAUUGAUGUUCGAUUUUGCUGUGAGUUACAAAAAGUUCUGGUCGGAAAAAGGAUUUAGAACUCCCCGCCUGGACAAGAAAUUAUUGAAAACUUAUCGAGAUUUCAUGGGAGGAGAACUUCGCAUUAUCAUGUGUGGCAGUGCACCAUUAUCCGCUGAUACUCAGAGUUUCAUACGGGACUGUCUGAAUGUCCACGUGCUUCAAGGUUAUGGUCUGACUGAAUCAUCAGCAUGUGCUACUAUUAUGGACAUUGAUGACUAUUCUAUUGGACGAGUUGGAGCUCCAGUUUCUACAUGCAAACUUAGAUUGGUAAAUUGGGAAGAAGGAAAUUACUAUGUAACAGACAAGCCGAAUCCUAGAGGAGAAGUUGUUCUAGGUGGAGACUGUUUGACUUUAGGGUACUUCAAGAAACCCAAACAAACACAAGAGGCUUUCAGAAUUGAAGGAGGAAAUAGGUGGUUUUACACUGGAGAUAUCGGAGAAGUAUUUCCUGACGGCACUCUAAAAAUCAUCGAUCGAAAAAAAGAUCUUGUGAAGUUACAAUUUGGAGAAUAUGUAGCUCUUGGGAAAGUAGAAGCUGAGCUGAAAACUUAUCCACUCGUAGAAAAUAUCUGUGUAUUUGGAAGUGGAUUACAUGUUUACCUCAUAGCAUUGGUUAUUCCAAAUCAGGCAUUUUUGAAAGGAAUAGCUAAGGAAUUAGGUAAAGAGAAUCUCUCUUUUGAAGAAAUGUGUUCAGAUAAGGAAAUUACGAAGGAAGUUGCAGAGAGAAUACAAGACUUCGGAAAAAAAUGUGGUCUCCGAGGAGCAGAGAUACCAAAAAAAGUUAAACUUUGCACGGAAGAGUGGAAUCCUGAAUCUGGUUUGGUAACUGCAGCUUUUAAAAUAAGAAGAAAGAAUAUUGAAAACCAUUACAAAUCAGUGAUUGACAAUAUGUACUCAGAAUCUAAACAGAAUGGAUCUUUGUGAGUUUUUAGUUGGAAAUCGAUCUGUCUCCCGAUGUGUCCAUUUGAGAUAGAUCAGGAGAGAUCUGAUAUUAAUGAGAAUUGUUUCAAGUAUAGUUGAUGCCAAUGACCUUUAAAACGUAGUUUCUACUGAAGUGCUACAAGAGAACAGUUAAUUUUAGAAGAAGCAUUUAGAAAAAGUUGAUGAUGUGUAAUUUCUUUCACCACGAAAAAUCUUUUUUUUAUAGGCAUAUAAAUGUUUCAGUAACACUGAUUUUACUUCAUUAUAAUAUUUAGCCUUGAAAGCGUAGUUUCUACUGAAGUGCUACCAGAGUGCUACAUACUUUCUACUGAAUUGCUGUUAAUUUAAAAAGGAGCAUUUAGAAUAAGUUGAUGUUGUAUAAUUUCUCCCUUACCAUAAAAAAUUUUAUGUUCAUGUAAAUAUUUCAGCAAUACUGAUUAUACUUUUAUACUUUAUUAUAAUAUCUUACGGAUAAAAUCAUUUUCUAUAGAAAAUAUGUCUACAUUUAUUGUGACCAAAUAGCGAGUUCCUAAACUGCCAGAGAGAGGCUUAUACUUCCAGUUGGAAAAACGAUUUAAAAGACAAAAAGAAUAGUAUUUUAUGCAAUUUGAGUCAAAAAUGUACUGCUGAAGAUAUUAUAAAAUCUAAAAUUUUAUAUUAUCACCCGAUCCUUACGGUUUACUCCUAUUUUUUAAAUAUUCAUGGCACAUUAACAUUAAAAAAUUUGGUUAGAACCUCUUCUUUUGAGAUUAAAAUUGAUCAAGUUAGGAGACUUCGAGUAUCAUAAUUUUAAGCGCUUUCAGAUUAUUUUAAUGGCUAUCUCAAAGAACACUAUCCUGUCAAUGGAAUACGUUUCAGCAUUGAUUGGUCUACCAGGUCAUUGAUUGGUCCAGGAUGAAGAACUUAUUUUUAUUGACAAAAACAGUAAAUGUUAUUCUAAACUUCAUUUUCAACUAGAAACAUAAGUAUCUCUAACUUAAGGUAUUAAAAAUUAUUGGCCCAUGAUUAGAAUGGACACCUUAUAUAAGGCCAUUACUGCUCAUUUCCAUUUCCUGAUACAUUUUAAUAUCUAUCAUUUCAGCGUUAAAAUUAUAGUAUUUUUUUUAAACAAUUAUGUUUAAUGACUUGGAAAUCAUUCUCAUGUCAAAUUAUUAAAUCUUGAAACGAGAAAUCGGCCCAUUUAAGAUAACAAUAAGAUUUAGAUAUAACUUCAAAAAUUAAUAAUGUGAAUGGAUUAAAUAUAUUUUUAGAUUCCUUUUUUAUUGGUCGAAAUUGAUUUCUGAAUUUUCAAGAUGCCUAAAGAAGGUCAGCACAAAAAUGUAAUUUUCAAACUGCUUCAAUUUUAAGUGCAUGUAGUUGUAACUUAAAAAGCUUUCAGCAAAUGAGCUCGUUUGAAGAUACCUUCCUAAAAUCGAACUAUACUGUAUUCAUUGAAAAUAAAGAAGUUUACCAUUUCU